UCCCUCGGCGGCGGCGGUUGUGUGCUCAGACCACUCCCCAGUGCUAACUCCUGACCAAGAGAAAGAGUAAUAAUGAGUAAAAAGUGACCAAGUUACUGCGGAUCGAGGAAGCGAAAGCCUUGAGCCCCGGCCCACGACGAUGGUGUGUUCAACAGUUCCGAGUGCUCGUGUCUGUCUGUCGAUCUCAAUUUGCAAUCAAAAGCCUGUUGCGAGGGCUGCUAUUUAAGUUUCUGGCCUAGGUAUCUUCUAGCCAUAUAACAUAUAAACCCAUUUUAUAAACCUUUUUCGGUGGAAAAAUGGAGUUAACUACUGAAUAGUCGUGCAUCGAUGAACUCAAAUCUUUGUACAUACAUAUAUCGAUGAAGCACCGUCCUGUAGCUCUAAGAAAAACUGGUUUAAUGAAUUCAAUCCUGUCCGGAGACGAAGUUCUUGAUGGUCGUCCAAAAACCGUGCAAGAUGGACUUGUGAUAAAUAUUCGCAAUUCAUUAGUAGGCCAGAAAUAUAUAUAGCAACCCUCGUUUUGAAAUACUGUUUCAGUUUAAAAAAAAUUCUCACAUCGACUAGUUGUGCGUGCAGGCAAAAAGACAGAGCAUCGCGAGCAGCGCCAGAGAGCGGAGAACAUCGCCGUCGUCGUCGCCGUCGCCUCGGCACCGAACUGAACUGAGCUGAAAACCAACUGAGCGUCGUGUGUUGCGCAGGCAAUCUUAAUUAAUUUAUUUACGUCUAUAUUGAUUUUUUAAAGUAACAGAGUAACAGCCACAGCCACAGUUAGCCAUAAUAGCCAGCUAGCAGGCAGAGGCAGGCGCAAGGCGAGGCGGAGCGAAGAGCGCGCGCGUUUUAGCAGGCAUUAAAUAUAUAAAAAUACACACUAAAAUCAAACCUCGAGUCUGCUCUUAAAAAAAUCAAGGUUGAAGGUGAAUCUGGAGGAGGAAUGGAGCACCUGUCCCAUUUGUAUCCCCCGCAACUGCCGAAGGGGCGUGGCCGGCCUCGGGCCACAUACGCCCAGACGGGCGAAUUCGAUCUGGGUCUGAUCCGGGAGUACCGAUCGCACCCGGUGCUGUACGACCGGACCAACAAGCGGUUCAAGGACAAGCUGUAUGUGGCCCAAAUAUGGGAUCAGAUGGCCCACAAGCUGGGCUACGACGCGACCAGCUUAAGGGAGCGCAUGACCACGCUGAGGAAUCGCUACAACAUCGAGAAGCGACGCGUCGAGAACGGUCUUUCCACACAGGCUUCCCAGUGGCCCCUCUUCGAGAGCCUCCAGUUCCUGGGCGAUCACAUUCGGCCCAGGCGCAGCUUUAAGAACAUGAGCAUGAAGGAGGAGGACGAGGAGCCCUACGAGGUGGACGACUGCCAGAGCGACAGCAACGGGCACAUGGCGAGCGUAAAGGACGAAAUGGAGGACGACUGCACGAUCUUCGAUUGCGAGCAGGCACUGCCAGUGACCACAGUGCUGGGGAUCCCCCUGAACACCUCUGACGAAGCCAACAAGAGCCAGCGCUCCAUGAACGGCGACAUGGCCAAUGGCAAGGGCUACAAUCAUUUUGCGGAAAGCUAUCAGCGACGACAGCAACAAAACCAGCCGGAGUACAUCAUCAGUAGUCCGAUGAUCAACCAUCCCAGCAAGGGCAUGAAGCGCGGAGGACCGCCGUUGGACGAUCAUCCGUCGAAGCGCCGGACAGACGAGGGUCUGUCGAUAUCCGGUUUCUAUCCCACACCACCUCAAGCACCCCCCUUGCCGGCGGCCUAUGCCAAGUUCCGGGGAUUCGGCGAGUUCAUGUGCCACUCCCUGUGCGACAUGCCGGCGGCUACUGCCUUGCGUCUGGUGCAGAAGUUCACCCGCGAACUGGUCCAGACCUCCAUCCGCAGCGAGGGCAGCGGCGGCAAACGGAAGACCGAUCAGGCGGACGCGGCGGAUGCGGCGGAUGCGACGGAUCAGGUCGACCAGAGCAGCGAGUCGCAGGAGGAGGACGAGUAGAUUUUAAGUUGCAAUUUUUAAUUACGGGUAGGGAUAUUGGCACGCGUGCCUACGCACUUAUGCAUUCGGCAUAUGAUGGCCGCAUUAAUGACAGAAUCGAUUACUCCAUAUAUGUUUUAAUUAUACUCUUUUAAGUCUUCUAGCCUCGCAGUAACCGGGGUGGAAGAUCCAAGCAUUGCAUUUCAUUUAUUAACAUAAUGGACAAAAUACACUUA